AUGUCUCAAACAUUUGUUGCAGAUGGCGACACCGAAUCGGCCCCCGCAACGCCACGAUCGCCAGAUACUCUGGACUCUAUUUCGGCCCUCGCACGCUUUGAAUUCGAGCCAGGGAAGAGUAAUGAUGGUACCAAGGUGUUAAUGGUCGAGUGGGAGGACUACAAUGAGGCCAGAGGCGCAGAGGGUCUCUGGCAGGUGUCGUGGUCAGGGAAGACAACCGUCCUGCCAGCCGACGAGCGUACAGCCGACAACGUCAGACGGUUCUACUUCCUGCUUCCUCCAGGAACCAAGAUUCCACCAUAUGUGACACUCACCUACCAACCACCACCGAAAUCAGCUUCCUCGGUGAACAAGCCCCAGCAUCUGAGGAUCAAUCCUUUACCAGCCAUCUUUCCUCCCGAACUUGGUGUUACGGCAAGAACUAGCGGCCGGAAGGGCGUACUGCAUACCAUAUGGGCCAAGAAACGGCUCCAAGUCUUGGACAAGGAGAUUAGACGUGAGCAAGAUUUCAAUCUGGAAGGCAUUGCCCUCGAAAUGGCACUUUCCGAAAAAGAAUGGAUAGAAACCAAUUUUGGCGUUAUAUCGAAGGUGCCGGCUCUGGACAUCUCCUCGCUUCCAAAAUAUCCUGGCGGUCCAAUGAGCCCUGGUUUGACUAGCCCAAAGAGUCCGGGCGGAAGGAGGUUGAGUGAGAAACUUAAGGGCCUAAGUAUUGGGACCAGUGAAAAAGAUUUGGCUCAACGUACAGAGGGUGUGAAUACUCCCAGCCAUGAUGUACAUCCUUUAUCUCCAGAGUCAUCGGAUGUCGCUUUCUCCUCGUUCAAUUCCUUCCGCCGGACUCCGCCAAAUGUACCGAGUUCGACAGCACAGAAGAAGAUCUCUUCCCAGGCGCCACCUGACUAUGUCAAACGUCAGCAAUCCAUGGCAUCCAUCCCUUCGAUCAACUUUAUGUCAAGCCUACAAGAAACAGACGAAGGCGAUGAGCUUUUCGCUAAAGCACUGAGUCCACGCACGCCCGAUGUAGCGAAAAGUCCAUUCUCUUUCUCCAGCCAAGAGACGAUGCCUUAUACGAGAGCAAAGAAGGACGGCAAAUAA